AUUGAAAAUUGAAAAUUACAAAAAACGAUAUAUUUAUUACGGUAGUUUAAUGUGUUUUCUUAAUAUGUGUGAAAAUCCAAAAAAAAACUAUUUUUAUGGAACAGAAGGAGUAUAUAUAUAGCUGAAAAAAUAUUAGUAAGUUUAUGCGAGGAAGGUUUUACUUGCUUUUUCUAAUCUAGUUGACUUUCUUGUUAAUCACAUCACAUAUCUUUAUUAAUCAACUUUUAACCCAGUGUAAAUAAUUGAUAUAUAUAUUUCUAUGGGAGAAAUCAUCAUUCAUGACUUCAUUUCAUGUAUUGUGUCAUAAUUACUGUCCAUAAAUUAAGUUACUCACAACAUUAUUCCAAAUAUUCUUAGGUCUUUAUUAGUGGAUUGAGAGGUCUUAAUUAAUGGAUUGAUAUCCACAAAAAUAUAUAUAGACGACAAUCUGAAACAUUUUUCUUUCCACAAAUCACCAUAUAGAAAAUAUUUAAACGCUUAUUAAAUAUGAAAUCAAGAUACGCCUAUCCGACUUUGAAUUCAUCGAUGAAUGCAAGGCUCGAAGAUAUGAAAUCAAGAUACGCCUAUCCGAGCUUUACACGGCUUAGCCGCAUUAUAAUUGCCGGUUUCUCCUUUGUGUUUCUUUUAGACUAAAUACCGUUGCCAGAAUUUAUUUUCUCAAAUGUUUUCCAAAUUAGAAUAGUAGCUGAUUUAUUUAAAUUGUUUUGAUAAAUUAAUACCAAAAUAAAAUAAAAAAUCGUAGACGUGAAUCGUAUACAUUGUGUGCGUGAAUGUAUGCCUAGAAGGUAGGGUGUCUUAUUCAAUAAGCCACCCCUCUAGGAAGGCUGGCACAUAUAUAUAAAACAAAUACACCACAAAGAAUUUAAGGAACCAAUAAAAUCAAAAGAACAAAUAAGGUUAAACUCAAGUUAAUUAGAUUAUUCUUAUACAAAAAUGAAUCAAGAAGAUCAUAUGAAUCAAGGAGACCAUAUUAUGAACAACGGAGAAGGCUCAAUGCCUUGCUUCUCCGAGACGACCAUUACGUCCUCUAAUCAUCUCUAUCCCAUGACGGCCGCGACGAAAUCUUCGGAAGAGGACCACAGCAUUUCGCUCUCUCUUCUACUCAAUCUCUCCACAAUACAAGACAAAGUCCACCACAUCCAAUCUCUGGUCAGCUUUUUCAUGAUCUCUAACAACAACCAAUCCUCGGAGUCAACGUCGUCUUUGGCCGUGGCUAACAUCGAAAGCUUGGUUCAAGAGAUCGUCACGGCAGCUACUUCAAUGAUGCUCACUUGCCAACAACGCCACAUCCCAUCUAAUAACAACAGUAACUUCAAUAACGAACAAACCGUAGAUGCAAUCGUUAUGAAGUAUUCCACACAAGAGACCGAACCGGAUCAUGACUUCACGCCAGAGUCGUCAACCAACUUUCUUGGCGUCCAAGAAAGAGGAAAUAUUUCGUUUAUUGACCAGAAUCUUGACUGGCACGGCACACAAUCCAUAAACCCUAAAAAAGAUCAGCAUCGUUUUAAAACAAGACCCGGGAACUAUGAGAUACUGGAGCUAGGCGCAGACGACCUACUAGCAAAGUUCACGCAUUACUGCCAGAUUUGUGGAAAGGGGUUUAAGAGAGACGCGAAUCUAAGGAUGCAUAUGAGAGCACACGGAGACGAGUACAAGACACGUGAAGCCUUGAUCAGCCCAACGAGCCAUGACAAGAAAGUUGAAGAACACUCGUUGAUGAGACAUUACUACUCGUGCCCUCAACAUGGGUGUAGAUGGAACCAGAGGCACGAGAAGUUUCAGCCGUUGAAAUCUGUGAUUUGCGCCAAGAAUCAUUACAAGAGAAGUCAUUGUCCGAAAAUGUAUAUGUGCAGGAGAUGUAACGUGAAGCAUUUCUCGGUUCUGUCUGAUCUUAGGACGCACGAGAAGCAUUGUGGGGAUAUAAAGUGGGUUUGUUCUUGUGGGACUACGUUCUCUAGGAAAGACAAGCUUAUGAGCCAUGUUUCUUUAUUCGUGGGCCACUCACCGGUCCAUGGCCCGCCGCCGCAGCAGCGUCCGAUUAUCACAAUAUAAAGAUUUCUACGUAUUAUCAAAUGACUUGUGCAUUAGCGUUAAUGUUACAAAUUAUUUUGAUUACGAUACUGCAUUAUGGAUAUGUUAAAAAAGAGUACGUAGUUUUUCAUCAUUCUUGCUUCUGCUAAGUUAUGGGUAAUAGUUUUGGUUAAUCCAUGCAACUUCUGAUUUCUGAAUAAUAGUUACAAUGUUGAGAAACUAACGUGACAAUGGCUCAUCUGACUUCAAACUAGCAAUGUAACAUCUUAUAAUAUAUUUGACAUAUGGUUACGAUUGGUAUCAGUUGGUGGCAGCGCUAAAGAUAGUAUCUUCGUCCAUAUAUAACAAUUUAAGAAAGACAUAAUUAUCUUCUCUAUGCACAUACGCAGCAAUUUUCAUCCAUUGUGAUUUUCUCUCAUGAAUAGAAAAAAAAGAAGAAUUUUUUAAUUUUAACAAUACAUUUUCAACGGUCCAUUUCAUCUGAUAUAGAUGUACAGUAUAGACUAACCUACUUGACAAUGAUAACUAAAUAUUUUAAAUAAAGUAUAUAAAGCAAAAAAAUGUUAUAACACCAUAUUUUGGUGGAUUGGAUCAUAAAAGAGAUUCAAAAAUGAACUCACAUUGAAAACUCGUGUUUGCAGUUUGUGUAGCGAUGUGUCUCUUGACUCGAUAGCAUCAUUUCUUAGGGUAUGUUCGAUGGUCAGGUCCAACAUCGCGUGAACCAGUGUUUAUGUCAGGUCCAACAACUUAAUUGUAAUUUUUUCAUCUGUGUUUAAAAAUUCCCUAAGAAUAGUAAAUUUGUGAAUAGGCAAAGAACUAAUCAGAAACAAGAUUAAUAAGAUUCUGGUUACAGUUAGUUUUUUAAUAGUUUUAAACAACUUAAAUCUGCUAAUUUACGGGUCCCUCACCACCUAGCUAGUAGCCUAGUACUAUAACAGACAAUACCAAAAGCAGAAAGAAGAAAACUAUCAUUUCCUUACAUUUAUGAUAAAUGAUAAAAGAAUUUGUGGGAUAUAUGAAUAAAACACGAUAUAGAACAUUCCAUAAAGAAUAUUUCACAAAAUAAUUAAUUGUUAAAAAGUCCAUGUUCGAUCCUAGAAAAAGCGUAGUUGCUUUUAUGUCAACAAAUAAUCAAUAAUUGUUAAAAAAGUCCAUGUUCAAUCCUAGAAGGCGAAAUAGUUGCUUCAGUGGGAACACAUUUUUUAAUUUUAUUUCUGUUACUUUUUAUUCUUCUUCAUUUUUGUUCUUUUUUAUCUCACAACUAGAGUCUAGAGAGACCACUCUAGUCCAUUAGAUCUUUCUUUAUGUUGAUUAAUCAUUUCUAAACUAGUUUACUGUUUUUCUUCUUCUUUUUGUUAGCUAAGAAUCUAGUAAUAAAAUUAAGAGUUGUAAUGGAAUUUCAAUUGUUCAAACCCCUAAUUCAUACCAAACAUGUUUUAAAUGAAAUUAAAAGUAAAGAUAAUUCAUGGCAAUUCGAAUAUGAUCAUCAUCCUCCCAAUCCAAGUGUUCCGACUUUCCAAUAAAAUUAAAUAGAAUAUGAUCCAGACCUUAGGUCUGACUAAUCCUUCCAGACUGGAAGCAGUGGUUGAUAAUAUGGAGAAUUUAACUAGAAACAUGAAAUUGAUUCCAAGCGCUAAACCACUAACCUAACGCAUAGUUGGUAAUAUAGCUUGUGUUGGUCACAUCUUUUUUCAUUUUUGAAUAAAAUGAUAAAUUUGAUUCAAAAGAAAAUAGAACUUGUUUACAGACUGUAAAAUAUUUUGCUAUGUAAACAAGUUCUAUUUGUUUUUAACAAUGAGACUGUUAAAAUAUUUCGCUAUGUUCCCACAGCCCCAGUCCAGCUUUGGUAAGCAUUCACCAUCCUUUUGUCUUGCUUUAGAGUCAUUGUUAUGUUCUUCACAUGUCUGUCGAUUGACCGAAAGAGUACAUCAUUUUUUUUUGAUAAAGGCGUUGGUCACGUCUUUUUGCGUCACUUCAGUAUUCUAGUCUAGACGAAUCUACGAAAUUUUAUUAAAUUAAUUAGAAUAGACUUGUUUGUUUAUCACGCGAAAUAGAUUACAGUUUUAAUUAAAUGAGGUAGCAGUAAUUGUUUAGAACACAAUUGCGUUAACGCGACGUUCUUCCACAAAUAAUUCACCAAAGCUAACAAAGAAAAUAACAUUAAUCAUCCAUCCACUUUAUACAAAUUUUGUUCAUUAAUAUAAAUAUGUAACAAAUAGCUCUUUUGAAAUCUAAAAUGAAUACGCUUGACAAAGAUAUUUUACCAAAAUUUCAACUCAUGCAGAUUGCCACAUCUUUAAAGGCCUUCAUCAUGCAGACUGCCACAUUGUUAAUGUCCCCGGUAAGAUCCAAUUAUAUAAGCACGCGUUUACAAGUGUGCAUGUUAUAAGCAGAUAACAGGAUUAAUGCAUGUAGGAGUUCUUUUCUAAAGCAUUGGUUAUACAUGUGACAUAAGAUAGUAUUAGGGAUGAAAGCUACACCCACCGUUAUGUAAACUUCACCAUUAAAUGAAAAUAUAUUCAAAUAAUACAUGAUAAAAUACUAUGUAAGUUUCAUCGUUAUAUGGUCUAUCAAAUAUAUAAGACGUGAAGAACAUGCCAUUAAAAACUCUUUUUAACUUUUUCUUAAAUAUAUUAAAACUCUAAAACUUGCUUAGGUGAUUCACUAUUAAUUUUUUUUUGUCGGCCUUUGAUUCACUAUUAAUUUAAUUCAACUGGGAUUGACAAUUGACAUUCUUCGUUUAUAGCUGACAUAAUAUUAGUAGGUUUAUGUGGGGAAGGUCGUAAGUGGGGAUGGCUCUUAUAAUUUGCUUGCUCUACUCUAGUUGACUUCCUAGUUUAACCACAUCACAUAUCUUUUUUAAGCUAAUGUAAAUAAUUCAUACACAAAUGACAAGUGCAGUUUCAAAGGGGAAAACAUCAUUCAUGACUCCAUCUUAUGUAUUGUGUAAUUGUAUCAUGUCAUAACUACUGUCCAUACGUUUGAUCAAAAAAGAAAAAAAA